CCUGCUGACAGAGCUACGGAGAAAGGAGCAAAAGCAUUCCGUACCUCUAGCUGGAGCGCAGAGUCACGGGAAUCUUCUCUGCGAUGGAGUCUCUAUUGCUCCUUGCACUCCUGUGCUGGACAGCGGACAUUACCCAAAGUGUGAUUAUAACUACUACUGAAGAGAAAUUUGAAAAAGCCAAGGGAGAAACAGUCCAUUUGCCUUGCAAAUUUACAAUUGACUCAACAGAUGAAAAAACUCUAAACAUUGAAUGGAUUAUAUCACCUGCUGAUAUUAAAAAAGAAGACCAAGAAAUAAUUUUAUAUUCUAAUGGCCAUGUUUAUGACCAUUACUCUAAAGAUAUGAAAGGACGAGUGUAUUUUACAAGCAGUGAUCCCAGCUUAGGUGAUGCAUCAAUCAAUGUAACAAAUUUACAAUUAUCAGAUAUGGGUACAUAUCAGUGCAAAGUCAAGAAACUCCCUGGUGUUGCAAACAAAAAAAUGCAGCUUUCUGUGCUUGUUAAGCCUUCAGGGACAAGAUGUUUUGUUGAUGGAUCCUCAGAAAUUGGCAGUGACUUUAAACUGAGAUGUGAAUCCGAGGAAGGUUCUCUUCCUUUACAUUAUGAAUGGCAAAAAUUACCUAAUACAGAAAAAUUUCCUUCUGUGCCACCAUCAGAACUCAACUCACCUAUUAUUUCUGUACGAAAUGCCACCCCAGAGUACUCCGGCACAUACAGCUGUACAGUUAAAAACAGAGUUGGUGUUGAUCAGUGUCUUUUGAGGGUGAACGUUGUUCCCCCUUCAAACACUGCUGGUACAAUUGCUGGAGCUGUCAUAGGAACUUUGUGUGCCUUGUUGCUGCUGGGUCUUCUAAUCUUUUGCUGCUGUAAAAAACACAAAGAGGAAAAAUAUGAAAAAGAAGUUCAUCAUGAUAUCAGAGAGGAUGUUCCUCCUCCAAAGAGCCGUACAUCUACAGCCAGAAGCUACAUUGGUAGUAAUCAUUCAUCUCUGGGAUCAAUGUCUCCUUCCAAUAUAGAAGGGUAUUCCAAAGCUCAAUAUAACCAAGUACCAAGCGAAGACUUUGAUCGUACUCCACAGAGUCCAAGUUUUCCACCAACCAAGGUAGCAGCAUCUAAUCUAAGUAGAAUGGGAGCUAUUCCUGUGAUGAUACCAGCACAAAGCAAAGAUGGCUCAAUAGUAUAGAAGAUCUCGACCUUUGUUGCUUCAGACUUUUUUUCUUCUCUAGAAAUAGGGGAAAGCUGUCAACCUAAAAAUUGCUUUUGAAGGAAUAGAAUAAUUUAACUUGAACUAAUAAAAAGA